AUGGAUGAAGUAUUAGAAAUGAUUGCCGAUGCUGUGUCAUCGUUGGUAGUUGCAAUCACAGAGUCAGAAGAAAAGAAUACCUUAUUUGGUGAUAUGGUACCAGGUGUUGAACUUAUUCAACAAGCAGUGGUUGGUAUGAGUGAAGCUGCUGAGGAAACAUUGGGAUUAAUCGAUGAAGAAUUCAAACCAAUCUUGAAUGACACUGCUCGUCAGUUGAAGAAUGCCGCCAACCAAUUGCAUUCCGAUGCGGUGCGAGCACGUGAUGAUCCAUGGAAUCGUGUUCCACAGAAGGAUGCAAUCAAAUCGGCAAAGAUGAUUCUUCAGAAAGUAGUGCUGCUGGUGUUGAUCGAGGAGCAAUCGAAUAUCAAGGUGUUGGUAGGCAUCGCCAAGAAGGUGGCAGAGGGUGUCAAGCGUAUCGACGAGAUUGAGAAUUUGAACCAGUUGAAUGUGAUGGUCAGUGAUGUUGCCCAGCUCGAAGACGAGUUGGUCAAGCGUUCACAGCGUCGUUCCGAGGGUUCCAACAAUCCAGAAUUCCGUCAGCGUCUUGAGGAACUCUCGGCAAGUGUGUCGUCUCUGAGUCACCAACAUCAACAGGCCGCCAGAAAUGUGUGUCAAAACACUGGCGACCACAAUGCACGCGCGCGUCGUGCCGACACCAGUCAGAAGCUGUUGGGUGCCAUCGACGAUAUGAUCUACACCAUCAAGCAAAUCUUUGCUUCCAACACCAAGUUUGUUGACUUGGCAUUCAAGUGGCAACCAGUCAGAACCAUCGCAGAGGAUGAAGUCACCAAUGCCUCGGCUCAGUUGGUCGACUAUCUCCAUGCGCUACCCAAACAGAUCGAAGCUGGAAACGGUCCUGCCGCUGCACGUGAAAUUGUCAAUGCCGCCAAUCUACAGAUCUCCAACGCCAUUGUUGUCGCCAAUCGUUGUGAGGAUCCAAUCAAGAAGAAGAUGAUCUUGAAGAACAUCGAGGAGCUCAAGAAGCUAACUCCACAGUUGAUCGCAGCCAUGAAACCGGUUCUCGAGAAUCCGAACGACAUGAAAGCCAAACAACAUUUGGACAACUUGAUCUACUCCACCCAAAAGGCAUCGGAGAACUUGGCAUCCGCUGUCAUCUCCACACCAAGCGAAAUCGUUGCUGCAAGCGGAGCAUCUUUGACUCGUGAGAUUGAGUCGCUCGAAGAUGCCAUCAAUCGUGGCGAUAUCAAGCGUGCCGAAGCAAUCACCAAUAAUUUGGGUUCGUCGAUCGAUCGUCACAUCGAGAUGGCAACCGCGCUGUUGGACUCGAUCCAGGAUCCAUCGCUGCGUCACCAAGUACAAAAGGCAAUCGAGAAACUCAUCGCUUUGAAACCAAAGAUCUUGGAAGCCGCUCACAAAUGCAUUAGAAAUCCAAGAGACGAAGAAGCCAAGCGUCAACUCAACCAGUUGGUCAAGGAAGCCAAGAGUGCCAUCUCACAGAUCUCACAGCCAUACGAAGUGGUUGCCGCUCUCAACACCAAGUUGCACAACGACCUCGAUUCACUCACCAAGUGUAUCGAUGCAGGUGGACCAGACAUGCAAUACAAGGGUGUUCAACACGCCAAAGACAUUGCAGCGGACAUCAAGAAACAAAUCGAAGAAGCAGAGGCAUACGCUGCAUCGAUCAGCGAUCCAGUCCACAAGAAACAGAUUCAAGAUGCCGUCGAUCGUUUGAAACAACUGACUCCACAACUCUUGGAAGCAAUCAAGGAUGUAUUGGCCGAUCCAACAAACAAAGCUGCUCGUGCACGUCUCGACAAGCUGAUUGGCGAAGUCAAGGACGCCAGCACCAAUUUGGCAGUCGCCACACAACCAACCUCUGAAGAAUUGAAGAUGCAACGUUUGAACCGUGAGAUGUCAAUGGCCAAGGUUGAACAACCAAAGCCAGCUCCAGUCGAAAUCAAACCAGCUCCAAAGUUCAAGAUCGAAGGUCCUGUCAACAAGGCUGUCUAUGUCGCCGCCGAAGAGGUCGCCAAUGCCCUCGAGAAGAAGGUCAGAGACGACACACCACUCGGAAAGCUGGUGUCGUUCGGUGACGAUAUCGCUGCACAAAUGGCAUUGCUCUCAUCAUAUGCCGCCAAGGGUGAUGUCAAGGGUAUGAUUCAGGCAGCCAGAAAGAUUGCUGAUUCGAUCAAGGCCGUACAACUCAACGCCAAGGGUAUCGCUGACGCCUGUAUCGAUCCACGUUUGAAACAAGCAGUUUUCACCUACCUCGACUGCGGUAGCAAUUUCUCAACACAACUCAAGAUUCUUUGUGCUGUCAAAGCAGCAUCCGACGACGACUCCACCUCUGAAGAGCAAUUAGUCACUUGUGCUAAAGGUUUAUCAUCUGCUGUUAUCAAUAUUAUAAAGUCAGCAGAAGCAGCUUCCUUAAAGUUGAAGAAAUAA